AUGCCGAUCUAUACACCCCCUUCCGAUUCUCAAGACGAGCCUCAAGAAAUGAGACUGGUCUAUUUCAGCAACGAAUUCCCGCACGAUGACCUACAAGAUCUCCUUCGCCGGUUGUACAACCUCAGCAAAGACAAACGGCAUCCGGUCUUGGCAAGAUUCAUCACUGAAGCCACUUCGGCCAUCAGGGAUGAAGUACGGGAGUUGCCAACCUCGCUCAGAGAGCUGAUUCCCCCUUUCAAAACCGUUUUGGACCUUGCCGACCAUCCCGAGCUUCGAAAAGGCCCUCUUUGCGGAUCAAUCGACGGCGUUCUACUUUGUGUUGUAGAGCUAGCGACAAUUAUCAGGUACUACGAGAAUUCUCCAAACGAAUUCGAUCUCCACUCCGGGCACACAUACCUCGCUGGUCUGGGCAUAGGACUUCUGGCCACCGCUGCCGUCUCGCUGGCACACACCCUGGCCGAGCUACCUCUCGUGGGUGCCGAGGUCGUGCGUGUUGCCUUCCGGCUCGGCGUCGUCGUGCAUGAGGUGUCACAAAACCUGGAACCCCGCGACCUGUCCGGCUCGCUGGACGCAUGGGCUUCGGUAGUUCCCGGAGUCAAGGCAGAGGAUGUUCAGGCAGAACUUGACGCAGUCCAAGCUCGAGAGAAUAUCCCCGAGCCCAGCAAGAUCUUCAUCAGCGCACUGAAUCAGACUUCAGUGACUGUGAGCGGGCCGCCAUCAAGAUUGAAGCAUCUCUUCCGUGCGUCGGAGUUCUUCCGCGGUCACAAGGUCGUCACCUUGCCCGUUUUCGGGGGUCUGUGCCAUGCGAAGCAUAUCUACAACCGUCAGCACGUGCAUGAGGUCAUUGACGUGAGCUCGCUUGACGAGCUGGAUGCGAAGUAUGCCCCGGCACUUCCCGUGUUCUCAACUUCGACAGGGAGUCAGUACACGGCAACGACUGCCAAAGAUCUGUUCGAGCAGAUCAUCUGGGAGAUCAUGACUCAGCAAAUCCAAUGGGAUAACGUUAUCCAAGGAGUGGUUGACCAGGCCAACAGUAUCGCAGCUUCCAGCUGCCAGGUGCUCGUCUUCCGUAACUCACUCCCGGUCCAUGACCUGCUAGCCUCGCUCAAUUCCAACCUCGAUCCUUUUGAGGCAGUCACGGAAGAACUGAUUCCGUGGGUCAAAAAGAGCUUUCCGGGAGAAGGAACGCCGAGAGGAACAGCCCAGUCCAAGAUCGCAAUCGUCGGGAUGUCUUGCCGACUGCCUGGCGGAGCAACAAACACAGAGAAGUUCUGGGAGCUCCUGGACCAGGGUCUGGAUGUGCAUAGAAAAAUUCCCGCGGACCGGUUCGACGUCGAGUCGCACCACGACCCCGCUGGAAAGAGGAUGAACACCAGUCUUACUCCGUAUGGCUGUUUUAUUGAUGAGCCUGGGUUGUUCGACGCACCAUUUUUCAACAUGUCUCCCCGCGAAGCGGAGCAGACGGACCCGAUGCAGCGCCUAGCGUUGGUCACUGCGUAUGAGGCCCUUGAGAGGGCAGGCUACGUCGCAAACCGUACGCCGGCCACAAACCUGCACCGCAUCGGAACAUUCUACGGACAGGCAAGCGAUGACUACCGUGAGGUCAACACAGCUCAGGAGAUCGGCACAUACUUCAUUCCGGGCGGAUGUCGUGCUUUUGGCCCGGGGCGUAUCAAUUACUUCUUCAAAUUCUCGGGGCCGAGUUUUAGCUGCGACACGGCGUGCUCUUCCAGCUUGGCAACAAUUCAGGCUGCCUGCACGUCGCUCUGGAACGGCGACACGGACAUGGUAGUGGCUGGCGGCAUGAACAUCCUCACAAACUCGGACGCCUUUGCUGGACUCAGCAAGGGACAUUUCCUCUCAAAGACGCCCAAUGCGUGCAAGACGUGGGAUAGCGAGGCUGAUGGAUACUGUCGAGCCGAUGGUGUUGGUUCUAUCGUCAUGAAGCGUCUCGAGGACGCGGAAGCGGACAAUGACAACAUCCUCGGCGUCAUCCUCGGGGCUGCUACUAACCACUCAGCCGAAGCCGUCUCCAUCACUCAUCCUCAUGCCGGCGCACAGUCAUACCUCUACAGGCAAAUGAUGAGCUCAGCAGGUGUCGAUCCCCUCGACGUCAGUUUUGUGGAAAUGCACGGCACGGGUACGCAAGCCGGUGAUACGGUUGAGAUCAAGUCCAUCACCGAUGUGUUUGCCCCAACAACGAGGCGCCGCAACUCCUCACAGCCACUGUAUAUCGGAGCAGUUAAAUCAAACGUCGGCCACGGUGAGGCUGUGGCUGGAGUGACGGCUCUCCUGAAGGUGCUGCUCAUGUACCAGAAGAACGCGAUCCCGCCACAUGUCGGAAUCAAGAACAGCCUCAACCCCGGAUUCCCCAAGGACUUGGAUGCAAGGAAUCUUCGCAUUCCUUAUGAAAAGCAGGCUUGGCCUCGCGUGGAGGGGAAGAGACGCAUUGCUGUUGUGAACAACUUCAGCGCUGCGGGCGGCAACACGACUGUCGCCAUUGAGGAACCACCUGUACCCAAGGCUGAUGGUCCUCUUGACCCUCGCACGAACCAUGUGAUUGCCGUAUCAGCGAAGAGCAAAGCGUCUCUCCGAGGCAACCUGGAACGCCUCAUUGCGUAUCUCGACGCUAAUCCGGACGUGUCAUUGGCGAAUCUCUCGUACUCGACGACUGCCCGACGAUACCACCACAACCAUCGUGUGGCAAUUGCGGCGUCUGAUGUUGCGCAGGCGAAGAAGAAGCUCUCAUCUCAUCUCGCAACAGUCGAUACGCACAAGCCUGUUCCAACCACUGGCCCGCCUCAGAUCGCGUUCGCCUUCACUGGCCAGGGAUCCUCUCACAAGUCCAUGAACCUCGAGCUGUUCCAUUCCUCGCCGUAUUUCAGAUCCCAGAUCCUCCACCUGGAUGCUUUGGCUCAGAGCCAAGGCUUCCCAUCUUUCGUGCCAGCCGUUGACGGGAGCCACGCCAAGGACCACGCACACUCUCCUACCAUCACGCAGCUUGCUCUCGUUGCCGUUGAGAUCGCACUCGCCAAAUACUGGGUGUCUUUGGGCGUGAAGCCAAGUGUUGUCGUUGGGCAUAGCCUGGGCGAGUAUGCCGCCCUUCAUGUGGCUGGCGUGCUCUCCGCCGCUGAUGCGCUGUUCCUCGUCGGCCGCAGAGCCCAGCUACUCGAGGAGAAGUGCCAAGUCGGUAGCCACAAGAUGCUGGCGGUGCGUGCCUCGCUUGCCGACAUUGAGAAGAGUGCUGCCGGGCUCACGUACGAAGUCGCCUGCAUCAACGGGCCGAAGGAAACGGUGCUGAGCGGAUCAAAGGAGCAGAUGGAGGCUAUCACCCAGCCACUGCAAUCGGCCGGUCACAAGUGCUACAGCCUCGACGUCGCAUUCGCCUUCCACUCGAAGCAGACGGAUCCGAUCCUCGACGAGUUCGAGGAGCUUGCGAAGAGCAGCGUCCUUUUCCAGGCUCCAAAUCUGCCCGUCGUCUCGCCUUUGUUGAGCAAGGUCGUCUUCGACGAGAAGACUAUCAACGCCAACUACGUACGGAGGGCCACACGGGAGACGGUCAACUUCCUCGACGCUUUGGAGAUGGCACAGAACAUCUCCACGGUGGACGAAGACACCGUCUGGGUCGAAAUCGGCCCUCAUCCUGUCUGCAUGGGCUUCGUCAAAGCCACGCUUCCAUCCGUCCACGCCGCUGUUCCAUCGUUCCGCAGAGACGAAGAAAACUGGGACACGAUCGCUCAGAGCCUCAGCGUCCUACACCCUGCCGGAGUGCCGAUUGACUGGAGCGAAUUCCACCGUCCUUUCGAAAAGGGACUCCGCCUCCUCGACCUGCCUACGUAUGCCUGGAACGACAAGAACUACUGGCUCAUGUACAAUGGAGACUGGGCUCUCACCAAGGGCAACACUUUCUACGACGCUGAAAAGGGGUCCAAGGUGGCUCCGGCCUUGCCCUCAAGCCUGAGGACCUCGACUGUCCAGCAAAUCGUCGAGGAAGUGUAUACCGGAACGGCAGGAACAGUGACAAUGCGCUCAGACUUGAUGCAGCCAGACUUUCUGGCUGCUGCCAACGGCCAUAGGAUGAACGGGUGCGGUGUGGUAACAUCUUCUAUCCACGCGGACAUCUCCUACACCCUCGGAGAAUACCUCUACAAGAAGUUCUACCCAGGCGCCAAGGAAGUCAAUAUGAACAUCGCCAACCUCGAAGUCCUCCAAGGCCUCGUCGCGCAAAAGAACACCAAAACGCCGCAAGUCAUCCAAGUCUCCGCCUCAACCUCCGACAUCACCUCGGGCGUCGUCUCCCUCAAAUGGCAGCACGUCCACCCCGACGGCACCGUCUCCGACCCCUUCGCCAGCGCCACCAUCCACUACGGCGACGCCUCCACGUGGCUCGCCUCCUGGAUCCCCAGUGCGCACCUCAUCCAAGGCCGCAUCGACGCGCUGGAGCAGCUGGCCAACGCCGGCGUCGCCAACCGCUUCUCGCACAACAUGGCGUACCUGCUCUUCGGCACCAACCUCGUCGACUACGCGCCCAAGUACCGCGGCAUGCAGUCGGUCGUGCUGCACGGCCUCGAGGCCUUCGCCGACGUGACGCUCACGACGGAAAAAGGCGGGAGCUGGACCGUGCCGCCGUAUUUUAUUGAUAGCGUCGCGCACCUCGCCGGCUUCGUCAUGAACGUGUCGGAUGCGAUUGACACGAAGGCGAAUUACUGCGUCACGCCGGGAUGGGGCUCGAUGCGCUUCGCCCGCCCGCUUGAGGCUGGCGCCCGGUAUCGCUCGUACGUCAAGAUGAUCCCGACGGCCGAGGACCCGAGUGUCUUCCUCGGCGACGUGUAUGUCCUGCAGGAUGCUGUUGUUGUUGGCAUGGUUGGUGGCAUCAAGUUCCGCCGCUACCCGCGCAUUUUGCUUAACCGCUUCUUCUCCGCGCCGGACGACACGGCGGCCUCGGCUUCGCAGUCGCAUGCCGCCCCUCCGCCGCCGCCGGCGACGACGACGGCAAAGCCAGCGGUCGUAGUGCACGAGUACCCGACCAUCGCCCCGGCCGCGAACCCGGGCCCGCCCCUGAAGGCGACGGCCACCGCAACCACGACAGCUGUACCCGUUCCCACUGCUGCCGCCGCCGUCGAGCCGCCGGCGUCUAACAGCAUCGCAUCGAAGGCGACGGUGCUGAUCGCGCGGGAGGCCGGCCUGGACGUGGCGGAGCUGACCGACGACGCCAGCUUCGCGAACCUGGGCGUCGACAGCCUGAUGAGCCUGGUCAUCGCCGAGAAGUUCCGCGAGGAGCUGGGCGUGACGGUCAGCGGGAGCCUGUUCCUCGAGUACCCGACGCUGGGCGAUUUGAGGAGUUGGUUGGUGGAGUACUACAAUUAA